AUGGCAUCAGAGCAGAAUACACUACCAGCAGAAGGCCCAGGCGGCCAUGUCAUGGGUGAACAUUGCACUACAGACUCGCCGUUACCAUCAAACGCCGGUACACCAUAUGGAGAAAUAAUCAAGCUGGGAAACGUAGAUUGCUACGUUACCAAACCGCCCGAUUAUCCACACGUCAAUUCCAAGCUCCUACUGUUUCUCACAAAUGGCGUCGGACUCCACUCAAAAAACAACCAACUACAGGCAGACUAUUAUUCUAAAGAAGGCGGCUUCUUAGUCGUCAUGCCAGAUCUCUUUGAUGGCGACCCAGCUCCCAUCGCCGGUGCCACCAAAACCGACGAAAUAACUGGUCACGAAUCUGUAAUCGAACAACUGAAAACCAAAGCCGCCGAGGGCAUCAAACUCCUCAUGAUAGACCUCUGGCUCGCACGUCACACUCCCGAAAAGACAUAUCCAAUAAUCCUCUCCGUUCUAGAAGCUGCCAAGGAAGAAUUCGCCGACGCGGCAAGUCAGGUAUUCUGUGUUGGAUACUGUUUUGGGGGGAAAUACGUUUUGAAGUUGGCGAGCACGGCGGAGAUCACGGCAGGCGCAGUGGCUCAUGGCACGGCGGUCACGUUGGAAGACAUCAAAGCCGUGGUAAAACCAGUCAGUUUUGUCUGUGUGGAAGGCGACGCUUUGUUUCCAGAUGAGAUUCGAGAAGACGGGAGGAAGUAUCUCCAAGACAAUAAUUUAGAGCAUGAAAUGAAGGUCUAUGGUAGUGUACCGCAUGGCUUCGCAGUCAUGGGCAGCUAUGACGAUGAUCUGAUCCAGCAGGCACAAAAGGAAGCGAACGCACAAAUGCUUGAUUGGCUCAUUAGCCAUGAAACAUGA